AUGCUGAGCCUCAUCAAACUGCCCCGCGUCUUCACCAUCAACCAGGUGCCCAAAGUGUUCCACGAGGACAGCAUCAUCUCGGGGUACCGUCACCCCUGCAGCUCUGCCACUGACUGCCUCCUCAGCCUCUUUCAGCUGACCAAUGAGACUCUCAACAUCUGGACCCACUUCCUGCCUACCUGGUACUUCCUGUGGAAGCUGCUGGUGGUGCUGCUGAUGCAGGAUGCGUGGUGCGAUGCCUUCAGGUGGCCGCUGCUGGUGUUCCUGGUGUCGGCCUGCUUGUACCCGCUGGCCUCCAGCUGUGCCCACACCUUCAGCACCAUGUCCGCCCGCGCCCGCCAUGUCUGCUUCUUCUUCGACUACGGAGCACUCAGCUUCUACAGCCUGGGUUCAGCUAUAACCUAUUCUGCAUACGUGAUCCCGGACAGAUGGGUGAACAGCACUUUCCACCGAUGCUACAUCCCCAUAGCAGUGCUCAACACAGUCAUCUGCACUGGACUGGCCUGCUACUCCAGGCUUGGCUUGCCCUUUCUGCAGUAUAACCCUAAUGUCGUAAAAAGGGCUCCAGAGUGCCACAGCCCAAAGCUAGGCAAAGCCCUGCGUGUUCUGGCCUUUGCCUACCCCUACCUGUUCGACAACAUCCCACUGUUCUACAGGGUGUUUGUGUGCACUGGAGAAGGCUGCACUGACAAUGAGACCAACACCCUACAUUACCGCCACACCGCACUGGCCUUCUUCACUGCCUUCCUUUUCAUCACUCACCUUCCUGAGCGCCUGGCCCCCGGCUGCUUCGACUACAUCGGCCAUAGCCACCAGCUCUUCCAUGUCUGUGGCAUCAUUGGUACCCAGUUCCAGAUGGAGGCCAUCGAGCAGGACAUGGUAGUGAGGCGGGCGUGGCUCCUGGCUCACGCUCCGUCCGUCACCCUGGCCAGCACCCUGGGGGCGGGGCUACUGGCUGUGAUCCUCAGCCUGUGUGUUAUCUACAUCUUCAGUCUGCCCCUUUUCUGGACCUCCCCGAAAAAGAAAGGACCCCUGCAGGCGCUUGCUAGCAAGAUCCUCGCAAAGCUCCAGCCACUCAGCUAA